AAAUUCACCUUGUGUACAUUCUGCAAAUGCAAAAUGGAAUCAUGAAAUUAUUUCACCGAUCAUUGCGAAUUUAGACCUUUCUCAAUCACGCUGUAAAUGAGUGCUUACAUCCAGUUGUUUAAUAUUUACCAGUGCUUCAGUGUUUCGUAUGUGUUCAUCUUUUCCAUGGCACCGUGGUUUUAAUAAUGUGUCGCGAUUUGACCGCGGUUCCCAGUAGGAAAAUGACUAUGUCAGUCGUUUUGCUUUUAUGCUGCCUCUUCGGCUCCUCGAUGAGUCAAGACCUGCCUUAUAUGACUGAUCAAGAUCAAUUCAGUAACAGGCCACCUACUUGGAGUCCUGAAAGAACUCGCUUCAAGCCUGACUUCAGCGCAAGUGGAAAUUUGCCGACCAGUGGUUCAGGGAUCUGGUCCAGCUUGGAUAACAAUUUAAUCAUUCAAGAAGCGAGUUAUUUCAUCGUUGCCAGCCGCGUCGUUCGUCCAGGGCAAGUGUAUCGGGUCGCAGUAUCUGUAUACCACUCCAAAAGUCCUCUAACAGUUCGAGCCUCAAUCCAACGAAAUCGAGUAGAACUAAGUGCAGAUGCAAAGUCUAUCAAAUUGGACAUUCCAGAAACAUUAAUCUUGAAGGUUCCACCAACAAGUGUUCCAGGUGAAUACAGAUUGCGAGUUGAAGGACUUUAUGACAAUACUCUUGGAGGGGCAGCUUUUGUGAAUGAGACAAAGCUUCAUUUCUCCCAGCGAGCCAUGACUGUUUUUAUUCAGACUGAUAAACCCAUCUAUAAACAAAGUGAAACAGUGAGAUUAAGAGCCAUUCCGAUCAAUACUGAACUUAGACCUUAUGAAUACUCUGUUGAUGUGUACAUGUUGGACCCCAAUCGUCACAUCAUGCGGCGGUGGCUUUCCAGACAGUCCAACUUGGGAACUGUGAGUUUACAAUAUCAGUUGUCUGACCAGCCUGUCUUCGGUGAGUGGACAAUCCAAGUCGUUGUUCAAGGUCAAGUGGAAGAAGCCAAAUUUACAGUUGAAGAAUACUAUCAAACGCGUUUUGAGGUGAACGUCACCAUGCCGCCCUUUUUCUUCGAUACUGAUAGAUACCUCAGCGGCUUUGUGAUGGCAAAUUAUACGAGUGGUGGUCCAGUGGAUGGUAAUUUAACUCUGAAAGCCACAAUACGACCAGCAAAAGGGUACAUCAGUACUUACACAAAUGAAAUCCCAAUUGUUGAGAAGUAUUUUAACUUUGAUGAAUCGUAUCCAUUUUGGUUUCCCCGCCCGACUGAAUAUGAACGAAUGGCCCAGAUUCCUCAUUUAAAAUUCUUUUACGGUGUGUAUCACUUCAAGUAUCCACUAAGUGAAAUAGAGAAGUAUGUCCCAUCACUUGAAGGAAUGGAAAUCAUGGUCACAGCCACUGUCGGUGAUCGAUUUUUAGACGAAAUCAUUGAAGGUUAUGCUGUUUCUAGAGUUUAUAAUUCCUCUUUGAGAGUUUCUUUCCUUGGUGGAUCUCCGCAAGUUUUCAAACCCUCAAUGCCGUUCACUAUUUACAUGGCAGUUUCAUUCCAAGAUGGCUCCCCUCUUUCACUCAAUCGGUUAUUAAACGGCAGGAUGGAAGUGAGUGCAGAUGUUGGAAUGCGGUCAGGAGGCCGGCGUAAUAUCGAAAAUCAAGAACUGAAAAUGUCUCAAGAUCAUGAAGGUGUUUGGGCCAUGAAAGUUGACCUGAGCACCCAACUUGGUCUUGAUGAAAAUUCGCGAGCGAAUGAAAUUCUCCGUGACAUCGAAUCAAUGAGAGUUACUGCCAACUUCAAAGAUAUUUCAAGUGAACGGGUUACUGCUGAUCUACUUUUGCUGGCCCACUACUCUCCAUCAACUCAUCAAAUCAAAGUCUUAACCUCAACUGAGAAUGCCAAGGUGGAUGAAUACAUUAUAUUCCAUGUGCAAAGUAACUUCAGGAUGGAAAUCUUCAACUACAUCAUUCUGUCGAAAGGUAUCGUUCUCCUAGCUGGUCAAGAAAAUAUGCAAAACUCAGUUCGUACUUUUGCCGUUGCUUUAUCUGCUGAAAUGGCUCCCUCUGCCACUAUUGUUGUUUAUAAUGUUGGUAAUCAUGGAGAUGUUGUUGUAGACAGUUUAACAUUCCCUGUGAAUGGUAUUUCUAGGAACAACUUCACUGUUUUCAUCAACAAUCGCAAAGCAAGAACAGGAGAAAGAGUUGAAGUGGCCAUCUAUGGUGAACCCGGAGCGUACGUUGGGCUCUCAGGAUUAGACAGACCUUUCUUCAGUUUACAAGCAGGUAAUGAACUUACUUAUGCGAAAGUCCUUUUAAAGAUGGAUCGAUUCGACGAAGAAGGUAAUGGUACUUUCACCCACCUAUUUUAUUCUCAUGAAGGAGACCCUGAUGAUAUUGUUCAUUACCCCUCUUCUACAUAUGGUAUUGAUGCCAACAGAACCUUCGAGUAUGCAGGACUGGUGGUCUUCACUGACAUUGUUAUUCCUCAUCGUUUAGACCAAUGCAAUCGCAGUCUUGGAUUAUUGGAAUGUUUGAAUGGACGCUGUUAUAGAUAUGAUAAGCGCUGUGAUGGACGUUUAGAUUGUGAAGAUGGGACUGACGAAGCUAACUGUCCUCUACGAAAUUUAACUGAUAUUUCAUUGUUCCGGAAGAAUCGUUUCAACCGUAUUCAGAGACAUUAUGAACACGUUUGGCUAUGGAAAGAUAUUAAUAUUGGACCUCAUGGAAGAUUUUUGUUUGAUAUUGAUGUACCUAAGCGCCCUGCUCAUUGGAUGAUUACUGCUUUUUCAAUGUCACCUAAAUUAGGAUUCGGUAUGAUUAAGAAACCCAUUGAAUAUAAAGGAAUUUUACCAUUUUACAUCAAUGUUGAAAUGCCAACCACCAGUCAUCAAGGAGAACAAGUUGGUAUUCGUGUAACAGUAUUUAAUUAUAUGCUCAAUGAUAUAGAAGCAACAGUUGUCUUGACAGGAUCAGACGAUUACAGAUUUGUUCAUGUAGAAGAAAACGGUAUUGUGCGGUCGUAUAAUCCUCGUUUAUCUCAUGGAGAACAUCAGUUUUUCAUUUACAUCAAGCAGCAAGACACGCAGGUUGUAUUCUUACCAAUAGUUCCUGUUCGUCUUGGAGAAAUAUCUGUUACUGUUUACGCAUCUACUCUGAUAGGGAAGGAUGUUGUAACAAGGAAAUUGAACGUUAUAGCAGACGGUUUGCCGCAGUACCGUCAUGAGUCAGUCCUACUUGAUUUGAGUAACAGAGCAUACACAUUCCAGUACAUGCAUGUCAAUGUGACUGAAACUCCAAUUAUUCCUUAUGAUAUUGAUCGGUACUAUGUUUUUGGAUCAAACAAAGCUUUUGUAUCCAUCGUUGGUGACGUUGUCGGCCCAAUCUUUCCGACAAUGCCUGUAAAUGCCACAUCACUCCUUGAGCUGCCAAUGGACUGUGCAGAGCAGACUAUGUUCAGUUUUGCAGCCAACCUCUACACCACCAUGUACAUGAGGCUCAUCAACCAGCGCAAUCGAACGCUAGAAAAAGAAUCGUUUUAUCACAUGAACAUUGGAUACCAAAGAAUGCUUUCAUUUAUGAAUCCUGAUGGCUCGUUUAGUCUGUUCCGUACUGAUUGGAACACGUCAUCGAACAGUGUUUGGUUAACUUCAUUUUGUGCCAGAGUUUUCCAGGAAGCUAGUUUCUAUGAGUGGGAAAACUAUAUCUACAUUGAUCCAGUUAUCAUUGCCAAAGCAGUCAGUUGGGUGUUGCAACACCAGACCAUAGAUGGAGCUUUUUACGAGAUAACUUGGUUACCUGACAGGAAAGUGAACAGUACUACCAAUUGGCCCUAUGACAACGUCAAGUAUCGAAACAUUUCUCUCACCGCACACGUACUCAUUACCCUAGAGACAGUGAAAGACUUGACUGGUGGGCUCGGUGCUGAGGUUGCUAAUGCUCAGAAAAAAGCUAUCUCUUGGCUCGAAAGGAAUUUGAAACUUCUAGAGCAGUUUGGUGAAGCAUACGAAGUAGCAAUAGUUGCUUAUGCUCUCAUGUUAAGCAAGGCCUCCUCUGCAGAACAAGCUUUCAGUAUUUUAGUGCGCCAUGCGAGAACAGAAGGUGGUUUAACUUGUUGGGGAAAAGGUGACAUUCCAGCGCCGCCGUACAAAAAUGAAAAUCAAAAACCGUUUUUACUACCAAGAUUACCGAAUGCAUACGAUUCAUUGAAUGUUGAAGCUACAGCUUAUGCCCUAUUAGUGUACGUCAGCAGACAAGAGUUGAUGAUAGACUCUGUUGUGAAAUGGUUGAAUACUCAAAGACUUACCGAUGGAGGUUGGGCGUCCACUCAAGAUACAGCAAUGGCAAUGAAAGCUUUAAUAGAGUACACCAACAGACAUCGAUUAAGGGACGUGACUUCGAUGGCCAUCACAAUUGAAGCCACUGCAUUACCUGGUCAAGUCAAAGUGCUGGAAGUGAAUCAGAAAAAUAUGGCCACAUUGCAAAGAAUUGAAAUUCCUCAUGCUUGGGGUACUGUCAAAGUUCAAGCUAAAGGUGCUGGCUAUGCUAUCCUACAAUUGUCCACUCAGUACAAUGUUGACAUUGCCAAAUUCCAAACUGCUCCACGUAUUGAAUCAUUUGGCGUGAAGGCUUGGGCUCAUUUCCAUGGUCGCAAUCAGUCUCACAUCACGUACAAUGUUUGUCAAAAAUGGACGCUUCUCAACGAAUCAGUUCGAUCUGGAAUGGCUGUUUUGGAUAUAGGUAUACCCACAGGCUACAUAAUACAGCAGCAGAAGUUGGACUCCUACAUCUUAUCUCGCUACGUUCGUAAUCUUCAAAGAGCCCGUUACCAGGAGAAGAAAGUUUUAUUCUACUUUGACUACCUAGAUGAAGAAGAUAUUUGUGUUAAUUUUACAAUCGAGAGAUGGUUCCCAGUUGCUAAUAUGUCCCGAUACCUGCCAAUUCGUGUGUACGAUUAUUAUGCGCCUGAAAGAUUCAAUGAAACAAUAUUCGAUGCACUACCUACAUACCUAUUAAAUAUCUGUGAAGUUUGUGGAAGCAGUCAGUGUCCGUACUGUCCAAUCUACAACUUAGCCGUAACCCUUGCCAGGCCAACUCUUCUGUUAACGAUAUGUUUUUCCAUAGCUGUUUCAGUAUUUUCUCUGACACGGUUUAACAGCAGUUAAUAAUUUCCUUCUUCACUUUGUUUCCUUCUGAUCAAAAUUCGAACAAUAAUCUUACUUUUGCCCCUGCUCCUUGCUCUUGAGUUCAAGGAUAAUAUAUAAACUAAGUAAGGCGUUGAUCGAUCUUGUACAUUUCGUACGGUGUAUAGGUGUUUUAGCCAGACAACACCAUUAACUGAUUUUACCAUAGUUUGUAGGCUUAUUACGUUCUAGUACCCAAAGUCGAUAUUUUGACUGAAACCCAUUGUGUUCCUAAGAGGGCAUGAAUCUCUAUUUUCCAUCCAAGUUUCAGGAUCACAACUUAUCUUCUAAUUGAUGCCUUGAUCUAUACUGUACAUAUUUAUUGCAAAUAUCAUCAUUUGCAUUUUCCUUCUCUCAGAAUGUUGAUUUUCGUGAAAUGACAUAAUAAAGUGAGAAAUAAUGUUUGUUCUUGUUGCUAUGCAUUAUUUUUGGCUCUUGCGAUUUUUCAUUCAAAUUUGAUCAAUUCUUUCCUCAGUUCAAAUGCCACGCGUUUGUCACAUUUUGAGAAAAGGAAUCCGGCCAUUUUUUAUUUCCUAUUUUUUCUUCUUUUGACAGGAAUAGAGUUUUGAAAAUUCUCUGUUCAGCUGAAGUAUUUCAAGUUUAAAUUUGUUUAAUUGAUGAAAUCUUUAUUCACUUCAUCACGGUGAAUUAGAUAAUUUAAUUGAAAGAGUAUUCUCUCUCCGUCCAAUCAAGAAAUUAUUUUUUUAUAAUUGAAAGUCAUAGUUUAUUAAGUGAAGUAGAAGAAAAAGAGCUUUUGAAUUUUCAUGCACUCAAGUUCAAUGCUGUUAUGAAUGAAAUGCUCCUGUUAUGAUGAUGCUUUUCUAGGUGCCGUUGUUUUGUCUGUUGAGCAGGCAUUUUUUCAAUCCUGUAGUAAUAUUCAUCAAGGGACAUGGUUUUCGGAAUUAGAAAAAAUGAACAAACAAGUAGUCAGAUAAUAUGUGCGAAGACUAUUGUUACUCUUUUACUUUUAUUUUAUAAUCAAUUCACACUACUUCGAAAGUGCCCUGUUGUGACAAUUAUCGGUAUUUUUAGUGGCAAAAUAUCUUGUACAAUUCUGUAUCUAUAUUUUUUAUUUUCUUCGUGUGUUAAGUUUUAUACUUUUAUACUGAUUUCAUACUUAUUUUUGUAUAGCUACUUUUCGUUUGAAAUGUGUUAUAACAAAUUUAUUGCAGCAUUAACUUAACGGACAAGGGUUUUAAUUUAAUUUUUUUGCAACUCACAAUGUCUUUUUUUUCUCAGUUUUUUCGAAACUCUGAAAACAAGAGUGUAAAAGAACAACCUGAAAUUUCUUGUCUAAGGUUAUUUUUUUUAAUUAAUUCAAAAGGUCCUUUGGUCGCUUUGAAAAGGUUUCUCAUUGCUGUGAUUUUUUCUUUAUCCUGUAAUCAUUGAAUUUAAUAUGAAACAAUUUUUGGCGGAACCUGUAACCUGACGCGAUCAGAAGGCAUUUUGCAAGUUUUUAGUAGUUUCAUAUUGCAUGGAUUUAGUAUGUAGUUUCUUACAUCUGAGAAAACACACCAGCCUUGAAUAUCAAGUUAGCAUCAAAGGUACAAAAUCAUUAGAAUCUUAAAUCAUCAGAAUCCUUUAUCCUAAAUCAUCAGAAUCCUUCUAGACAUGCUAUUGGUGUGAAAAUUUAUGACAUCAACUUGUUUCCUAAGUUCGUAUUUAUUUUAAUUUGCAGAUUUUCUCUGUCUCCCUCUUAUUUAUUUUUUUUUAUUUUUUUGGAAAGUUAGCCCAGAAUGGUAUGAUGAAUGCAAUAUUUAAGAAAAUACUUCUCAUGAAAAAAAUGCAUAUUGAAUAAACUAUCGUAUUGUGUUUCAUCUGUGUGACAGCAAUCUUAAAAUCUGCCUUAUUUUUAUAGUAUUGUACUCAUUGAAUUUGAUUGGUAUAAAAACGCCUUUGCAACAUUAUUGUGCAAAUGCACUCCUUUCAAAGACAUAUUUGCAUCUAUAUUUACCGCUCUCUUGAAUUUUUUUCUGUGAACCACUUAUAUCAUUUUUAGAACAAAUUUAGAGUUUUUACAAACUUCUAAAAUACGCAUUACCAAGACAUAUGCACAAUAGUUUUAAAAGUUAAUGAAAAUAAUGAGUCAAAACCAGCAAGUAUUCUUUCAAUCCGUCCACAUUAUUUUUAUAAUCUUUAAUCCAGGUUGUAUUUGUACAUCUACUUGUGCCCUUCUUAUUAUCAGAACCUGUAUUUGUAUCAAAUUUUUCCUAGAUAACUUACAUGAAAUUAUUACUCAGUCAAUUUUUCCCUUACACUCUGAAUUCUGAUUUACACUCCAUUUCAGUCCACAUUUUAGUUCAUGUAUGUUUCACUGAUAUUUACUACUUGAAAAGAAGACUUAAGGUAUCUUAUCAAAAAGCUUCAAGCAGAUGAAGUCUAAAACUUGUUGCAAUAAGUGAGUAAAUAGUAAAAAAUCUAAUAAUAUGAAGUUGAUAGCACUCAAAUUGAUCACGAUGACAAAGUGUGCCAUAUUUUUUAUUGCAAAGUUCAAAAGGAAAUUUUAUGUAUUAAUCAAAACGAAAUUAAUCCGUCAAACAACAUCAAAUUGCAGGAUCAUUUAUUAAAAGUGCUGGACUCCAUAAAACUGAAGAAAAAAUUUAGUAAUUCAUUGUUGUUUUAUAAUAUUUUAACUGUUUUCCCUGUCUUUUUACUGAAAAGGAUGAAAAAAAACAUGCUCAUGAUUUUUAGAAAUACGUUUUAAUUGGUUUGUAUUGACAGUUAGGCUGAAGUUCGGUUUGAUUUAUUUAUUUUAUCCCACUUAAUACUUCAGCAUGUACAGUGUGCGUCUUGAAAUUAAUUAUAAUUAUGUCUUCCUUUGUUUUUAGCUCGUUGAUUUUGUUUAAACUCUUCUAAGUCUGUGAAUGUGUUUUGGAGGUUUAAAGCAUAUCUAUAUUGCAUGUUGCAAAAAAUUAUGCCGGCUAUUUUUUGCAUUCAGUUCCACCUAAUUUUCUCUCCAUUUUUUACCACUAUUUCUACAUCUUUUACUCUUUCCUAAAAAAAUCUCAUCCCUCAACUAUCCAAAUUUUCUCCUACCCUCUUCAGACCAGAGAUCACCUUUUUAUCAUAAAUAUUUUUAUCUAAGUAGAAACCAAAGUUUACAGUCAUAGUCCUUACAUCAUGAACAAAUGUUCAUUAGGGUAUAUUGGGUAAUUUUAAAAUAGACAAUGCAAGAAAAAUUUAUUUUAAUUGGAGUAAGGUCUGUGUAUAGGCAAAAAAAUUUGCCCAAUAAUCUUUGUUACUGACAGAAGUUACCUGUCAAGUUUUAGAAUUUCACUUUAUUGAAGAGCUUCAAUUUAAAAUGGUUGUUUCAUAGUUCUGGUGAAAAAUACCUCAACUCUUUUCAUUUAGUUGCUUUUGAGAACCGUUUUCUCAUCUUUUCAUUUUCUCUUUCAUUACGCUCCUGAAUAAAGUUAGUCAAAAUUAGUUCUGUUCUUUCCACUUCUCUCUUUCGAUGUUAUCAUUCCAAUAUUGCUGAACUGUAUUACAGCUUGCAGCAAUAAACUUACCAUAUCAUAUCUCAUAUUAUCAAAUUCUUUUACGUUUGAGAUUCUCAGCAAAAAAGUUUUUUCUUACCUAUUUACUGUGUUUGAUUUUUCUUUUUUCUUUUGUUCAACUCUUUUUUUAUUUGCCGAAUCUUAGAUUUACAUUUUAAAUGUAAAAUUAUGUAGUACCAGGAAUACCUGCCACAGUGUAUUUUGUGUAAGUUUGUAAAUAUUAGCUACACUUGUUACAAAACUUGUUUUGUAGAAAUCAUUUUCCUCCUAGCUGUGAGUUUUAUCGUAAUUUAAUAUGCAGUGAUUACCUCCACAUAUCCCAUUCUCCUAACGGUCCAUUCUGUUGGAGGGCUCUUGUCACUGAUUUUACAAAAACACGAACUUUUCUUGAAGGAGCAUGCUAAAAUUUGAGGUGGAUAUAAACUUUAGUGCAGCUUUCAGCAGUCUGUAACAAAGCUAUUUCAUGCUCUGUAUUAAGUUGUGCACCUACCAGCCAUUGUGUAAUGGUGAGCUGAUAUUUCAUAUGCAUGUUUUGUUGAAAGUAUUCAUUAGUGCAUAGCUUCCCGAUUUCACAGAACACUGCAUAUUUUUCUAGUUUGUAUUAGGAGGUCUACUUGUUUUCUUAUUGGAUUUUUUUCUUUUAAUAUAUAUUUUAUUUUGAAAAUUAAAUCCCUCUGGGUAGAACUGACAUCUGUAUUUACUCAUUUUUUAAAUGUAAUAAUUUAUUAUGUAUAUUUUUUUCUUUCAAUCUUAUAGUUGAAUUAUAUUGUACAUAUUGUCAUGGAGAAAUUAAGAAUUUCACGAAUAAAAAAUUUAAUAACCCUGUAAUAAAAAAAGAAGGUAUGCUGUGCGGAAGAAAAUCUUCCGUGCUUUAAUUUUGUUAAAAUAUUUGACCCUUUUCUAUCAUGACUUCAAUGUUUUAUCCAGUGAUAGUCAACAUAACCCUGUAGGAAUACUCAUUUCCUCAUUUGACUAAAGUUCUGUUCGUCCGUCCUUUUGCAUUUGAUCUGAACCAUUUGAUACAAAGCAAAUUUACUAAGUAGCUCAAUUCGAAUUCUCCUAGCUGUUAAGAUCUGAAAUAUUUUUGUCACGCAAGGACUUAGAUAAUGAUCAUGUCAUAUUGCCUUAUUGUUCGUACAAACUGAAGUUGUUUCUGUAGACCAAUAAUAAGCACCUAUAUUUUGCAUGAAACUGUGUAAUCAAUCAGAUAAUCUGUCUCGAUCUCGUCCAUAAACUUACAGUUUUUGCUGAUA